AUGGACUUGUGCAUGCAGCUGGAAAUCAUUGGAGUGUGGUAUUCCACUCUCAACGGUGCAGUAAAUCCGCAUCCGACCCGUGGAAAUCGGCGGUUUCACGCCAUUUUGAACCACCCAUGGACGGCGCAGUAUCAGCAGAAGCGGGUCUUAAGAAAAAUUCAAAACAAGCGACGGGAUGCUUGGAUCGACGGGUGGUUCGAUGGACAUCCAGUGUGGAGAGGGACAUUAUCUGAAUAUCCUCAAAGCGAUUCGAAACACCGUGUAAAUUUCAGCGUCAUUAUUAACGAUUCCAAAAGUCAAGAGAUCUUUGAAUUGUCGCCGCAUCGUAGUGACUGGCGGAGCUCUGCCGCCGAAAAUGCAAUGACCGACGGUCAGCUAUUCCCAGCAGCGCCACAAUGUACCAAAGCGCAAGCAAAGCACUGCUAA